AUGUCUUCAAACAAGGACCAGACCUCAACUCCUCAAUCCUACUUGGACCAAGCCGCAGGCGCUGUCCAGAGCGCCAUCGGCUCUCUCACAGGCAAUACCGCCGACAAGGCCCAAGGCGAAAACCGUAAGGAUACCGCUGCCGCCGAACACGACCUCUCCCACUCCGCCGCCAAAGCCGGUCCAUUCUCCGUAACACCCUCGGGCGGCGUCGCAAAGGACAACUCGGACCGCACAGAAGGCUCAUGGAACCAAAACAUGGGCGCUGCCAAAGAAGCAUUCGGUGGUCUCGUCGGCGCCGAGGGUAUCAAGCAACAGGGUAUCCAACAGAACAAGGAGGGCAAGGAGCAAGAAGCUGCUGGACAGGUUAACGAUCUGGGUAAGGGUAUUGGAGAUAGACUUGGUGGUGCUGUCGGGGGUGCGGUUGCAGGUCUAACGGGUAAUGCGGCGCAGAAGGAGGAGGCGCAACGGCAGCAUGAUGAGGGAAAGGCAAGACAGAGGGGUGUUGAGGCGGAUUUGCAGAAGCAGGCCGAGGCUGAGAGCCGUUAA